AAAAGCAUGUCUGCUCAGCCCGGCGAGGAGCUAGGCUCGGAGGGGAAGUGGUUUGGGGACGACUAUGAGAGAAACGGAUUGCUUGGGAACACACCGACCCGGUUCGACGAGCUACGGGAAGAUUUCAAGCCGAGAGGCAGCGAGGCGACGAGCGACCUGGAUCAACAAUUUCAUCCUUUCCAGGACGACGGGAAAAGGCCUCCCGUUGCUAUGGAAACUGCAUCUACAGAUGACUCCAUGUCUGACCUGUUUGGGAAGCCUAUGAAUGACGACGGUGAUGUGUACACUUCCCUGCGAUCCAAUCAGAGCUUCACAUCAGGCCAAGAGGCUUCCUACCUGUCAGACGACCUGAAGUCCUCCAAGCCCUCCUCUGGCUCCUCUGCCCUGGACCACUUCUCCACUGACACCUACAGCUUCAGCUCCAGCACCAAGAUGACUUCUGACCUGACCGAUGACAUGCCAAAAUCUCUGAUGGGCUUAGAUAAGACAGAAUCCUACAACUACAUGGACAUCAGCCAUGGGGAUGAGCGCCAUGAUCAACACCAGGGGGCUCUGCACAGCCUGAUGAACACAAGCUCGACCGGGCGUGACUUGCUGGGCGGCUACAUAGAUAAGAACCCCGGAAGAGAUGAGGAGGAGGAAGAGGAAGAGGAGAACCUAGGUCCAGCACUGGGCUCCCACUCUUUCCCCUACGUGGAGGAGCCAUCUGAUGAAGAGUUGUCAGACUACCGCUCCUACCGUAACCUGGGGGGCACUCCACAGACAGCCAGCCCCGUGAAGAUCACUUUGACCGAGUCUCAGCCUCCAGCCGCCAUGGUCGAGCCACAGCAGCCCCUCCCUCCAGUCACUGUGUCUGAGCGUGAAAACGUCCUUAGUGUGGGCUUACAGGGUGUUCCCACCGUGACACUAUCAGAGCCAGAGGAUGACAGCCCUGCUUCCACUCCCAAUGCUUCACCAACACAGAAAGAAUUCCCUUCUCAUGACAUGUUCAAGGCUGACGCAAUGAAGCCUGCAGCUCCCAAGAGCAGUCCAGGCACAAAGGCCGGCAGCAGGGAGCAUGAUGGCAGCAGUGCAGAGUCUGGAGACUCAGAGAUUGAGUUGGUGUACGAGGAGCCUCCCAAGGCCAGUAGCAACCCAUUUGCCCAGCCGCCUAAAAGCAAGAGUGCUUUCAGCCAGCCUAACAGCCCUUUUGACAAUCCCCCAGUCGCCAAGGGUGGUUGCGGCCUGGCUGGCAACCACGCUCCACCCACAGCCUACAGCAUUCUGAGGGAGGAGAGAGAAGCAGAGCUUGACAGUGAUCUCUUCAUUGAAUCUGCGUCUGAAGAGAGCCCAAAGAGAGAGCAGGGCUUCAGUGGCCCCAAACAAGGAGUAAGUACUCCCUCUCCCCUGGUUCCCAGUACCGUCCCUGCCCCAAGUGCCCCUGAGGUGGUGCCAGCCGAGCCUCUGAUCACAGAAAAGGUCAAGACCCCGGUGAAAACAGAGGAGGAUCGCCUCAGCAAGCCCAAACCCCCAACUGCUGCUGUGCCCCCAGAGGUGCGAUCAGAGAGGCCCCACCAGGACGACAUGUUCAAGCACACCAAUGAGGGCAAAGAUGACCUAGGAAAACCCGCCGCCCCCAUCUUCCCAGAAGGCUUAAGCAAACAAAAAGCUAUUGACCUGCUCUACUGGAGGAAUGUGAAGCAGUCGGGGGCCGUGUUCAGCAGCGUGCUCCUGCUUCUCUUCUCCCUGACCCAGUUCAGCGUGGUCAGUGUCGGAGCCUACUUAGCCCUGGCAGCCCUCUCUGCAACCAUCAGUUUCAGGAUCUACAAGUCUGUGCUUCAGGCCGUGCAGAAGACCGAUGAGGGACAUCCUUUCAAGGCCUACCUGGAGAUCGAAAUUGCUCUAUCCCAGGACCAGAUUAGUAAAUAUGCCGACAAAAUCCUGCUGUACACCAACACCUGUAUGAGGGAGCUUCGUAGGCUGUUCCUCGUACAAGAUCUGGUCGACUCCUUGAAGUUUGCUGUGCUGAUGUGGCUGCUCACCUAUGUGGGUGCUCUCUUCAACGGCCUGACACUGCUCAUCCUAGCUGUGGUCUCCAUGUUCACCAUGCCUGUGGUCUACGAGAAACAUCAGGCACAGAUCGAUCAAUAUGUGGGACUAAUACGGACCCAUGUCAACUCUGUGGUGGGAAAGAUACAAGCGAAGAUCCCAGGGGCCAAGAGAAAGGAGGAGUAGACCUGUCCGUCUCACAGAGAGGCUGACAGUCCAGUCCAGCUCAGAGGCAGGCAGCUCGCUUACUGUUGAAGAGCCUGGUGGUCAUCUGUGGAGCGUAGUGCUAUGUCAUCUUGGUGUUCUCUAAAAGCAUCCACUGGAGAAGCCUUCACCCUGUCUAUAGCAGUCUAAACACUAACACACACGAGUCACACGUACAUAAUCCUGUUUCUAGGGUAGACAAGUUCACAACUCGAAACAAAAGAAACUGACUUUUUUUGUGUUGCUUAUUAUAAAGUGCAUGAAGUCGAGCCUUGGGUAAAUAUUUGAUAUAUUUUGUGCCGUUUUUAAAAUAACGCUACAUUUUUGCUUUGCAGUGCUUACCACAAACUGUGUACGGUUUGGCACAAAAAAAGCUAAAUGCCCACAGACGUGCUCUGCUGCCAAUGUUAAAUACUGCUUAAUGUUUCUGAGUUAGCAGAUGGGGCUUCUCUCAGUAUAUGUCAAUAUAUAUAAAUAUCAAAAAUUAUUUCCUUUUGGUGUUUCCAAGCACAAAAUAAUUUAACAAUAUGCGUCUUAGAUGUGGUAAUUGUAGGGUUUUUGCUUUUGUAUAACCAUAAGGAACAAUACACACGCUCAUGUUUUAGGUAGUUGUACAACUACUAUGAAGACAAGGAGUAUCUGGUGAUAUUUAGCUUGUUUGAAUAACUGUCCAACUUUGUACUAUGUUCAACUAUACUCUGUAGUUCUUUAGACCCUGGACUCUUUAACUAUUUGCACUUACAGUAUGUAUUUAAUUACAAGGAUAAGAAAAAUAAAUGUACCUUGAUGUAUAACUCUUCUCAGCCACUUUUACUAACAAGUUUGCCUUCAUGAGAUGACUUACAGUUGAAGAUGAGUUUG